ACAUCCAAAAGCCACAUUACAAAGAACUGAAGCACAAAGAAAAUAACAGAGAGAGAGAGAGAGAGAGAGAGAGAGAGUAUUGAUCAAAUCCGCAGAGCCAAAUUAAACAAAGCUUAAUGUCGUCAUCAGCAACAUCAUCAUCAUCUUCAUUGACAAAGAAGAAGUAUAAGGGAGUGAGAAUGAGAAGCUGGGGGUCAUGGGUUUCUGAGAUUAGGGCACCAAACCAAAAAACAAGAAUAUGGUUGGGCUCUUACUCCACCCCAGAGGCAGCUGCUAGAGCCUAUGAUGCUGCCCUCUUGUGCCUCAAGGGCAAUUCUGUCAAUCUCAACUUCCCUACCUCCUCGCUAAACUUCCACCGCCACCACCACGACUCUACCACCACCACUGCCACUUUGUCCCCGAAGUCCAUCCAAAGAGUGGCUGCAGCUGCUGCCAGUUAUCCUUUCAAUGACAACUACAAUCCCACCACCUCUCCACCACCACCCUCCUCCUCCUCGGUGUCAUCGCCAUUACUUUCUUCUUCGUCUUCCCCAUCCGAUCAUUUUGAGGAUGAUGUAUCAUUACUAUUGUCAUCAUCCUUAGAUCCAAACACGCCUUAUGGAACGUAUGAAUCAUCAUGGUACUCCUUUGAUUCACCAAAGUACUCUCAUAUGCUCAACGAGGCAAUUUUCGGUCCACCGGUGAUUGAAGAUCAUGUCUACGAGGAAGGCGAUAUUUGUCUAUGGAGCUUUUGCUGAUCAUCAGGAAUUCAGAAUUCAGUCAAAAUAAAGACAACUGAUCAAUUAAAUCCUAGCUAUAUGAAUAAUUUAUUCAUUCUUUAUAUCUUUUACAUGAUGGUCUUCAAAUUGACUCGAAGACAUUCUUAUAGUGACCCAGUUUGAUUACUUGUUAGUGCAUGUGAGUUAUAGGAGAUUGAAAUUAAAUGGAGAGAGUCAUUUUGUGGACU